AUGAGACUGAGACAGGGGUAUGGAAAUCCGAUUUCUCCCGCAGCAAUCAGCGGCUUUGGCCGCUUUGGUUCAGCUUUCACACCCUUGUAUCAGGCCAGUGGUCUGUUGAAUAUUUGUCCCGGUAUGCGCCUUUGGCUGUGUGCAGCUUGCCUCGCGCUUGCCGUUGCAGCAAGGAGACUGGGCUCUGAGAUAAAGGGGAGCCCACAUACUCAAGGUCUCGAAGGUUCGGUAGUAGAUGGUGAGUAUGGUCGCUACCAGCUUGUCAAAGAGUUGGGUGCUGGAGCUUACGGGACCGUCUACAUGGCCAAGGAACAAAAUGGCAGGCAAGUUGUGGCCAAAGUCAUCGACAUCAGGACGGAAGAGCAAAAAUUCUCCUUCCUCACCGAGCGUCGUGUUUGGAAACACAUGCAGCGCUGCCCGGGCUAUCCUCAUCCUAACGUGAUCCAGUAUUUUGAAGCGCUCCAGAUGCCCAACAAAAGAGGUGUGGUCAUGAUGGAGUUGGCAGGUGGUGGCAGCCUGUCAGAAACCCUCUACAAUAAAGUCAGUGCUGAGAGUACACUUGGCGGUACGCGCACAGCGCUUGGAGACGCACUUCUGACGGAUGAAGCUCUUGCCAAGAAACUCUUUGGCCAAUUGGCUGCUGGCGCCCAGUGGCUUGGAAAAUGCGGCGUGGUACACAAGGACCUCAAACCUGACAACGUGAUGCUCACGAAGCCCUUCCUGGAAGGUGGCAUCAUCAAAAUCAUUGACUUCGGUUUGGCCAUGUUGACCAGUGACCAGAGAGGAGGACCGGUUGCAAACUUUUACUACAACUUACGCACAAAUGCAGCUCCCAGCAACAAGAAAGGCGCUCGAACUUUCGACGACUUUGCCCUUGGCUUGAUGUUGGCGGAGAUCGGCACUGGUGUGCCGCCCUACUUCAACCCAGAUUUUGACUACUAUUCUCGCAAGCAAGGGAACUUGCAGAAUGAAAAAGGUAUUUUCUACAUCUUGCAGCCAAAGAAAGUUUGUGAAAAGGGAGAUGCUGAAAUCAAGGUCCCAAAGAACGACCUUGCAGGUGGGAAGGUUUCUAUCAAAACGGCAGUGAAGGAAGUGGUUGGUCGCUCGCUGUACUACCUGCAGAAUGGACACCACUUUAUCCACACCAGUGCUACGGAGCAAGGUAUUGGCAACGUCCAACUCCUGAAGAAAUCGUGGCUCUACAACUCACCGUCAGCGAUGUCUCUGUUGUACUCUUUGAUGGCGGGCAGACAGGAAGACCGCAUUGAACCUUCGACUUUGAUGUCCACGGAGUGGCUUUCGGAUGUGGAAAGCCCAGCUCCAAGCUCUCCAGUAGAGAUGCCUCAGGAGAUGGAGACCUUUGCCCCGCCUUCGCCUGCAAUCUCUGAAGAUGUCCAGUUCUCCCCGCCAGAGCCACCACUAGAGGAGGAUCUUCCAGAGGAGGAAGAGGAAGUGGAAGUAGAGAAGGAGGAGGCUCCAAAGUUGAACAUGUGCAAAAAUCCAUAUAAGGAACGUGGCCCAGCUUCCCUAUGCAAAGUGCGGCACUCGAGCCAUGGCGAUUGCUAUGUGGACGUGAGUUGCAGUGGUGCUCCCAGCAAAAAGAUGAAACUGGAGCAGGGCUGGGGUGCUGGGACAGUUCCAAAUUGUCGGAACUGUCAAUUGUCAUGA